CUUUGUGUGAAUACCUAAUUGAACUGAGAAUAUUAAUGUCAUUUCUGCAGGCUGUGAAGAAAAGAUGUAUGCCAUCCAGGUGAUUUCCCUCGCUCUGCUGUCCGUCCUGGCAGCCAACGCUCAGGUCAUCAUGCCAGGAAGAUGCCCGAAGCCUGCAGUUCAGGAGAACUUUGAUGCUGCCAGGUAUCUCGGUACCUGGUAUGAUAUCCAGAGACUGCCACACACCUUCCAGAAGGGUGAGUGCAGCACUGCCACCUACAGCCUGAAGAGCCCCGGAGUCGUGGGUGUCCUCAACAGGGAGCUGCUUGCUGAUGGGACCAUUAACUCCAUCAGUGGCUCUGCUGUGGCUAAGGACCCCUCUCAGCCUGCCAAGCUGUCCGUCUCCUUCUUUGAGUUCGCUCCCUCUGCCCCUUACUGGGUGCUGUCCACCGACUACGACAACUACUCUCUGGUCUACAGCUGCACUGACCUCGGCGUGCUGCAUGUGGAGUUUGCCUGGAUCAUGAGCAGGCAGCCCACCAUGCCUGAGGAGACCCUCGAGGAGCUGCGGGGCACCCUGUCCUCCAUCGGAGUCAGAGUGGACAAGCUGCUCUCCUCCAACCAGGAUUCAGUUUACUGCAGCCCCAUGCACCAGUAAACAGACUGACAGACCUGAUCGAGCCUACAGAGUAUCUCAAUGUAUCGUGCAAAGUCAAUGCAAUAAACUUAU